CGACGAAUAACAUGUUCGCUCUGUCCACCUGCUUCCCCACCCACACCAAACUUCCAAAACUGACCAACCCAAACAAAUCACACCACAUCACUCGCACACACAUCGAGCUCGCAAUCCUCUCACUCUCUCACUCUCCGCUCGCGCCACCCAGCGCGCGCACUAGCAAUGGCGGCAAGAACCGGCGCGCGCGGCCAGUCCCAGCGGCACCUCGUGCUGGCAGCGCUCCUGCUCUGCGGGGCGUGCGCAGCGGACGCGCUCCGGGCGUCGGCCAUCUCCGCGGCGCCGGCACCGUCGCCGUCGCCGUCGCACUCGCUGCCGCGGCCGCGCCACGGCGGCCACCCCAGCAUCCCGCCGUCACUGUCCCCGGACAUAAUGCCGCUGCUCCCGUCCCCGGGCCCCGGCGACGACGCGCUGGCGCCGUCCUACGCGGCGGCCACCAUCCCGUCCAGCCCGAGCCCGCCCAACCCCGACGCGCUCGAGCCCGACUCCGCAUUCGCGCCCUUCGGCUCCGCCGCGCCCGCCACUGUCGCCGCCCAGUCCCACGCGCCCCGGCCGGCGCCCGCGCCCGCGCGCGUGGCGUGGGCGGCCGCCGUGGGGCUCGUGGCCGCCAUGUGGUUGGCGUAGUGUGGAUGUGGCCGAGUGACAGCACCUGCAAUCCGUCAGGCUGUGGGCGUGCAGGGAGAGUUGGCCACUGGGUUGGCUGGUCAGUGGGGCUCCUGUUCUUGCGAUGUGAAGAAGAUAGAAUUGUUACUUGCUAUUUUUCUUACAAGUUCUUAGCCAUCUCCUGUAAAUCUAGUCAUUCUGUUGAUUAUUUGUUUGUGAGGUGCUACAUUCUAUAGCUUUUUUUUUUUGUUUCGUGCGGAUUUUUUGGGUCAUUAUUGUAAUAAGACUAUAUGGUUAAUUA